CAUGAAUUUCGCGCUUAAAUGAUGUCUUAACUAAAAAUGCAAAAUUUUGUAUUUAGGCCUCGUCCGAAGAUUGUUUUUUUUUACACUCGCAACAAAAGCUUUUUUUAUUUUUUCCUGUCAUUAGCUAUAUCUUGUACCAUUUUGUAAAGAAAUGAUUCCUUUAUCUUUCUUUAUUUGGCUAAUAUAUUUUAUUUUAGGUGUUCUUGUUGAGUUUUUUCCUCCAUAACUUCAUUAUUAAUUGAAUACUGGAAAAUAAGUAUAUUGAUUUUCAAUUAUGGUCAAAGAUGAAGAUGAUGUAACUUACGAACAAAUAAAUAUUACAGAUGAUGAGAUGCUAGAUAAUGAUUAUGAACGAGGUGAUUAAAAAUAAUGAAUAUUGAUGAACAUAUAACAAAUUGUAAUAAAUGACCAAGAAGAAAAUAAUUUUGAAGAAUUUGCUGAUGGUGAUGUUCAAGAAAUCUAUGAUACUGAUAUUGAACAAUCUACUGGUAAUUGGCAUCAUAAUGAAAUUCGUUAUUUAAUACAUUUUUGGAGCCAGUUAAGAAAUCAAUUUAAUAAUUGCCCUAAUGAAGAUAAGAAUGCUGUUUGGCAAAUUCUUUCGGAGCGCAUGAUUGAAAAUGGUCAUUUUUUUGAUGCCUUUUCUUGUGAGAAUAAAUGGUGUAGCCUUAAAAAAGUUUAUUUGUUUAAUAAAAAUCACAAGCCAGAAAAUAGUAAAAAUGAAUGGCCUUAUUAUAAUGACAUGGAUAAAGCACUUAAUGGAACUUCAUUUGAGAUUUCAGAUGUUGAUGAUGAUGAAAUUGAAGAAUGCAGUAUUGAAAAUUUGACUGCUGAUAUUCCAAAUAAAAAUGAUAAUUCAGAUCCUAAUAGUUUUAGGGGAAAUGAUAAAUUUUAUUGGUCAACUGAUUCUACUAGAGCAUUAAUUAAAUUAUAUGGUAAAGAUAAAAAAAAAUUUGCAUCAGCAAGUCAAGGAGAAAAACAUUUGUUAUGGGAAGAUAUAUCUCGACAGUUAGCUCAAAUGGAUUUUUAUUACCCUGCUAAUUCUUGUAAUGAUAAAUGGCGUAACCUAAAAAUGUCUUAUAAAAAAAAUAAGCUACGCGCUUCAAAAUAUGGUCCACAACACAUUAAAUGGUUUUUUUUUAAUGAUAUGGAUAAAAUAUUCAAAUCUUCCCAUGAAUCAUCUGAAAUGGAUGGUAUAAUUACAAUUUCCUUGUCUGAUGAUAAUGAAUUAAUAGAAAUGAAAAAAGAAAAUAUGAGUUUUGAUGAUACAGGUGAUAAUACAGCUUCUGAAAGAAGUAUACAAAAUUUUGAAAGUAAUGAUGUUGAAACUAUGUCUUCAGGUUCUCUAGAUGUAUGGACUGAAGCGGCUACAAAGCAACUUAUUCAGUUGUGGGGUUUAUACCGAUCUCGAUUUUUAAUUGCUGCACAAGGUAAAAAACGUAUAUUAUGGAAUGAAAUAAGUGAAGUUCUACGACAGAAUGGCCACAAUUAUUCUGGAAUUGUAUGUGAUCGUAAAUGGCGACUUUUAAAAGCUAAUUAUCUCAAAAGAAAAGAAAAAUAUAAAAAAAUUGGAACUAAUUUCAUCAAAUGGCAGUAUUAUCAAGAUAUGGAUCGAUUGCUUCGAGCACCUAUUGAGAGUGUUGCCUGGAGUAUGGAUUCAACUAUGUGUUUGAUUGAGAGUUUUGAUCGCCAUAAGGAUAAAUUUAUGAAAGCAGCCACUGGUGAAAAACUUUUAAUAUGGAGACAAAUAGCCAAUGAAAUGUUGCAAAAUGGAUAUGAUUAUACCCCAAGAGCAUGCGAUAAUAAAUGGCGAACAUUGAAAAAUCGUUAUAAUAAAAAUAAAAGUCGUGCUGAAAGAAAUAAAAAAGUUGUAUGGGUAUAUUAUGAGAAAAUUAACUCAGUAUUAAGAGAUUUAAACAAAGACAGUAAAUGUGACAAAGAUAAUAAACCUCAUGAUGGAUAUAAUGAAAUAUUAGAAAGUCCAAACAUGGUUGAUGAAAAUAUUUCUAAAACAAAUUUAACUAACAAGGUAGAUUUAUUUUCAGAAAUUAAAGAAAUGUUCCAAACAAGGAAUUUAGAAUUUGACAAAAGACUUAAAGAAAUGGAAGAUAAUUUAUCCAAAAGGGAAAAGAUGUUUGAAAAUUUACAACAUCAAACUUUAGAAGCUCUAAAAAAGUCAAAUGAAUUGGAAACACAAAAGUUAAAAUUGCUACAACAGCUAGUAUCUCGACUUCCAGUUUAAAAUUU